GAAUUAACUUUAACAACUGAUGCAUUUCGGCCUAUAACCUCUGACAAUAUAUCAACAUCUCGAUGACACGCCAAAUGUAUAUAUUUGAUUCGGACCUGUUCAAUGGAAACAUUCACUCCCCCUCUGACAAGGAACUAAGGUGAAAUGAACGCAUUAACAUUAUCUCUGACUUUUCUUUCCAUAAUAGCUCUUACGCAGGGACGCCUAGGGAGGAUCUAUGUUGAUUCGGACUAUGCGCCGACACAGUCAUUUAUUACUCAGAAUUACUGCAGCAAUGACGGACCUGUUACGUUCCGUGUUAGAUAUGGUGCCUCGGUUCCAAAUUGUCUUCUUCCCCCAGGUCCCCUCAAAGGAUGUCAAACAAUAAACAUAAACAUUUAUUCCAAAUCUCCAUACCAGUGUCCAAACAAAGGUUAUGUCAGUGGAUAUUCCAGGGUGCCAAAAGACGCCAAUGGCAAUGUCAUUGUAAGGUGCUGUAAAGCCCUACAGGUGUCAUACAACGACAGAGAAUGUGUGCGCUAUUUUCGAUUGGAGGAUCCAAAGUCCCCGUCUCCAACGAAACCAGGAUUUUACUUGAUUGGAUCCACUCCUGUAUUUCUUCCUGAAGGAAGAGUUGGAUUUUACAACAAAGAAUGUCCAUUCCGGAUAAUCAAAACAUGUAACAAAUAAUUUCCUUUUAAUAAAUCCAUAUAGAAAUUU